AUGAAUAGAGGCUAAAGAGACUAAUAAGAAAAAAAAUAAGAAGAUACUGUUGCUUAAUUUAUACAAGAAAGGUUUGAAAACGAUAUACCAGCAAGGUCUUUAACUGAUGGAGUCACUGAUUAUGUUUUUAGAUGUAUUUAAGGGCCGUUUGCAGGUAAUUUUAUCUACCUAAAUCUCACUGAAGAAGGAGAGUUGAUUGGCAGUGAUCCAUAAGCUGAUUACACUUUGUUAAUAGAAAACGCUGGUCUUUCUGCUCAGCACACGAAAAUAAAUUACACUAUGGAUGAUAAUUAAUAUGGUUAUUUUAUUAAGGAUUUGAAUUCUGAAAAAGGCACAUGGAUUAAAACGAAACCAGGACAUUUAAUACAGAUAGAAGAUGAAUAAAUUUUUAGAAUCGAAGACUAGGUGUUUUAGUUUAGAUUGAUAGAGGAUGAAAAUUUUGAUGUAGUUGUUGAAUGGUUAGCAAGAAUAGAGUUAAAGAAAGUUAUUAUUAAAUUAAAAUCCUAUAACAUUAAAACAUUAAAAGACAUUAAAUAAUUGCAACCUAAUAUAAUUGAUGAAAUAAUCGAUGAUGAAGAUGAAAAAAUUCGUUUUAAAUAAGCAUUUGACACAAUUGAUUAAGAUUUUCCAGUUGAUGGCAAAUAAAAAACUUUACUGAUUUAUAGUAUCACAUAAGAUGAAGUCCUUGCAAAGGUUAAAUGGUCAGGAGCUGCAAUAACUCGAAGCAGCGAAAUGGGAGAGAUUAGUGGAAUUGAUAAAUAUGGAGUUGACUGCAAUCAGAAAUUUGAGAUGAUAAUUUAGUUUUACUUUAAUAGAUAUUAUUUUCAUGUAACCCCAAAAGCACCUGGAUAGAUAUAUUUAAAGUUAUAUGGCAAUUAUAAGCUAAGUCCGGACGAUAUAGUUAACAUAGGAAAUUUAGAUUUUCAAGUUUAAAGAUUUAAUACUGGUUUGUGGAGUGAUAAAGGAACAAGAAUGACUAUGGAAGAUAGAUCUGUAAUUUCACAAUCGAUUCCUAUUUCUAGAUACUUUUCAGUUUCUUACUUUGCAGUAUUUGAUGGACAUGGUGGUGAUUAGUGUGCUUAAUUUUUAUAUGAAACUCUUGGCGAAAAACUAAAAGAAGAAUUUAUGAAUUCUGAAGAAUAUUUAGAUGAUACAGAAUUUUUUUACUAAUAUAUAUACGAAAAGUUAGUUUAUAUUAUAAACGAUAUAGACUAAUAGUUCUGGUAGUAUCGUAUGAAUGAUUAAGAUAAUAAUUCAGAUAGUGGAAGUGCUGGAGUUAUUAUCCUUAUAUUUGGUACUAAACUUAUAUCAGUUAAUGUAGGUGACUGUAGAGCAGUCUUAAGUAGAUAAGGCAAACCUGUUGCUCUAACAGUCGAUCACAAGCCUAAUGAAGAAAAGGAAAGAUAAAGAAUUAUGAAAGCAGGUGGAACAGUAGAUGGAAAUAGAGUAAACAAAAAACUAGCAGUAAGCAGAGCUUUUGGUGACUUUUCAUUUAAAAAAGAAACAACUGGUAAUAUGGAUAUAGUUACAGUUAAUCCAGAUAUUAGAGUUUGGGACAUUGAUUUCAUGGUUGACGAAUUUAUAGUACUAGGAUGUGAUGGGUUAUUUGACAUGUUUAAUAAUUAGCAAGUAGUAGAAUAUGUAAGAGAAAGACUUAUAGAGAAUUAAAUUACAGAACAGGAUCCAUAAAAAGUUGCAAGAUAAAUUUGUCUGGAUGCUGUAGAAAUAAGUAAAUAGUAAAAAAGAGGAAGUGAUAAUUGCAGUGUUAUCAUAAUACUUUUGACAAGAGGAAUUAUAAAUACAGAUAAAAUUUUUUUAUAAUGA